AUCAGUAUACUCAUGUCCGUGGAAAGUUUGUCCAUUUGCUUUUGUUGAUGUGUUCAGGGAAUCUAUGGAGUACGCCGGUUUCCUUCGUGGCGACAGUGAGGAAAUGAAUUGGGCCGAUGUUACGCCGCUAACCCAGGACAGCAUAUUUGGCAGCCAGAUCCCUUCGGGAGAUGUCCAGUGCGUGGAGGCUCCGGGAGAUGUCGCACCUGGGGGUGGCCGUGGUUCUAGUUACAGGGUGGAGGAGGACCUACUACUGGUGGGAGCAUGGUUGCAAGUGAGCAUGGAUCCCGUGGUCGGGACCAACCAAAGUUUGGGUGCUUUUUGGCAGCGGGUGGAGUCUUUCUACCAUGAAAACAAAACAUUCACCUCCACGCGCAAUAGGAAGUCGCUGCAGGGGAGAUGGACAUUCAUCAACGGUAUGGUGCAGAAGUUCUGCGGCCACUAUGCUAGGGCACAGCGCAAUAGGAGGAGUGGCACAACCGAGGCCGAGAUGGUUGUGGAGGCAUGCAAGAUGUUUCAAGCCGCUGAGCACAAGGAGUUCACCAUGCUGCCAUGUUGGAGGGAGUUGAGGGAUCAUCCCAAGUGGCAAGUAGAAACCUCCCGGAAAAGGCAGAAGACAUCCGCCGCGGCAAGCCCCUCCUCCACUCCCAAUGUAGCCUCGUUUGGCGGCUUGAACGGAGCAGAGGAUGUUGAUGCAACCACAUCCAACGCCGGUGACCGUGCCAAACGUCCUCCUGGUCGCACUCGGUCCAAGGAAGCCCGAGGUACGUCGUCAUCCAGUUCGGCUUCUGCGCCCAUGACAGACUUGUUCGACCGCCAGUUGGCAAUGAAAGACAAAAUUGAAAAGGAAAGAGCAGAGAGGUUUGCUGAGUUGAUGGAUGUAGAGCGGCGAAGGCUACGGCUCGAGGAAGAAAGAAUGAAAAUGGAACUGGAGAAGGAGCAACAGAGGUUAAGGCUCGAGGCGGAGCGUAUGCAAAUGGAAAAGGAGAAGGAGGAGAGGAACAUAAUGAGCAUGGACCUGUCUCAAAUGGACGAGGACCAGCAGGCCUACUACAAGAGCCUCAGGCAGAGCAUCAUUGCCGCUAGGCGCGUCACCGGAGGCCCAUCUUCGUAAUUG